GAAGUGUGUGUGUCAUCGAUACGCUUGGCGGAGGACGAACGGCAGGAGUCAACGAUCGAAGGAACCAGAACGUUCGAGUGCAGCGAAAGAGCGGAAGCGGACGAGAGAAAGACGGAGAGAGAUAGAAAAACAGACUUACAUUUCAACCACUUGGAAUACUAGGGAUAAAUUUCAAAAGUAAUCGAAUUCGACCAGAUACGGCAGUACGAUGCAGAGCAACGGUUCGGAAAAUGCAGGAUCUGAGAAUGGAGUCGACAAAUCGGGAUGGACGGUUGGAUUAAUUAACGGGAAGUUUAAGUACCUAACUGCGGAGACAUUUGGUUUUAAAAUCAACGCUAAUGGAUCGAGCUUGAAAAAGAAGCAACUGUGGACUCUGGAAGGCAGCGAGCAUCAGGUUUUCCUUCGCUCGCAUUUGGAUCGAUACUUAGCGGUCGAUCAGUUUGGUAAUGUGACGUGCGAGAGCGAGGACUCGUCGGAUCCGGGAUGCGGUUUUCAGAUACAACUUUCUUCUGAUGGCAGUGGACGAUGGGCUCUGAAAAACAUCCAGAGAGGCUACUUCUUAGGUUCGAGUCAAGAUGAAUUAAAGUGUACCGCUAAGGCCCCAGGCGAGACAGAAUACUGGCUCGUGCACCUCGCUGCUAGACCGCAGGUGAAUCUUCGAUCAGCCGGAAGAAAACGUUUCGCACACUUGAGCGCCACCCAGGAUGAGAUCCAUGUGGACGCACCAGUACCCUGGGGUGAAGACACUCUGUUUACUUUGGAAUUUCGUCCGACGACGGGUGACAAUGACAGUCACGGGAAUCAUUCCAAAUCCGAGGGCGGUCAUUACGCGCUACACACUUGCAACAACAAAUAUCUCGCGCGUGAUGGCAAACUUCUAGACACUUGCACGCGAGACUGCCUGUACGCCGCUGAAUUCCACGCUGGCCUUCUCGCUCUUCGGGAUGUACACGGCGCUUACUUGGCACCGAUCGGAAGUAAGGCUGUUCUGAAAUCGAGAUCGACGACUGUCACGCGUGAUGAACUCUUCUCAUUGGAGGAAUCUCUACCGCAAGCAUCUUUCGUCGCAGCGUUGAAUCAACGAUAUGUUUCCGUGAAGCAAGGUGUCGAUGUAACGGCUAACCAGGACGAGAUCUCAGGUCACGAGACAUUCCAAUUGGAGUUUGAUCGGGUGACAAAACGGUGGUACGUGCGAACGAUGCAAGACCGUUACUGGAGUCUGGAGGCUGGUGGCGGCAUACAAGCGUCAGAUCACAAGCGUUCGUCGAACGCACUCUUCGACUUGAUCUGGCAAUCGGACGAUGGCACAGUCGCAUUACGCGCCAACAACGGCAAGUUCCUGGCCACGAAGCGUUCUGGCCAUCUUUACGCGAACGCCGAAUUAUUGAACGGCAACGAUUCCGAUGCCGCCAAGUAUUAUUUCUAUCUGAUGAAUCGGCCCGUGUUGGUGUUGCGGUGCGAACAAGGCUUCGUCGGACCUAAGAGCGCGGUUAGUUCCAAGCUUGAGUGCAACAAGGCCGUCUACGAGACGAUACGCGUCGAACGGUGCGAGCGUGGCGUAGUUAGAUUCAAAGGUAGAAGGAGUUAAAAGGAGGUGAUAAUAAGGAACGGAAACUGGAGAGAGGAGAGACAGAAGGUAGAAGAGGAGGCAGAGGAUGACGGUAGGAGCCAGAAGAAUUGGAGUUCGGGAGAGGACAGUCAGGAAUGAGAGGGGAGCAGAGAGGAAUUAACUGGGAAGCGGCAGUGAGGGCGUUUGGAGGAGGAAGCGGAAGGGGAUGGGGGAAAUGGAGGAGAGGGAAAAAGAGGAGGAUAAGGAAGGGGGAGAGGGAAAAAAAGGUGCAGAAGGGCCGUAGAGGGGAGGAGGGAUAUAAGUCUGUAAGGCUGCACAAUGGCCAGGUCGGUAGGAAGGGAUUAGAUAUGUAAUGUAUUUAAAUGAGAUAAUGAUAGGGAAGAAGUUAGUGGACAGGUGGACUUCCGCUUCGUUUACAAUUGUGAUUGUCUUGUUAUUGUAUAUUUCGUUUCCUGUAUUGUAUUGUAUAUUAUAUAUUUUAUAUAUUUUAUAUUAUUAUAUACGGUUGAUAUGUAGAGGAGUAUGAAUAUAAGGAUAAGAAGUGUAAAGGGUUUGGUGAACCCUUUAAAACACCCUGGUAACCCCGAAAGGGAAACCAGAAUAAACUUCUAUUCUAUAUAUA